AUGACCAGGAUUACGCGUGUUGCAAUCUCCGCAAUUUUGAUGUUUGUCUUGUCAAUCGUCGAAGUGGAAUCAAAACACUGGUUCGAAAAUACAGUUAUCUAUCAAAUCUACCCACGAUCUUUCAAAGACUCAGAUGGCGAUGGAACGGGAGACUUUAGAGGAAUUCAGGAAAAAUUGGACUACCUACACGAAGUUGGAUUUGACCUGUUGUGGAUUCAGCCUUUUUUCAAAUCACCGAUGGUUGACUUCGGAUAUGACAUUGCCGACUACCGACAAACUGAGCCCGUUUUCGGAACUUUGGAGGAUCUCAAAAAUUUAAUCGACGCAAUUCAUAUCAGAGGUAUGCGUGUCAUCAUCGACUUCAUCCCGAACCAUACGAGCGAUGAGAGUGAGUGGUUUAAAAAAUCUCUGAACAGAGAGGACCCCUACACGGACUUCUAUGUAUGGAAAGACUCCAAGCCUCAUGCUCCAGGCACCCCACCAGUGCCUCCUAACAAUUGGCUGAGUUUGUUCGGUGGCUCGGCUUGGCAGUGGCAUGAAAAGCGGCAACAGUUUUAUUACAGGAUGUUCUCACCAGGUCAACCGGACUUGAACUACCGAAACCCCAAAGUCAAGGAAGCAAUGAAGGAUGUUAUCCGAUUUUGGUUGGAUUUUGGAGUUGAUGGAUUUCGAGUGGAUGCUGUUCCGGUCCUAUUUGAAGACGAAGAACUCCGGAACAACCCAUAUGUUUCGUCACGUGUAGAGAAUUCUACAGAUUUUGGCGAUCAAAUUCCUGUCUAUACCUUUCAACGUCCGGAAAACUUCGAGCUUCUCCACCAAUGGCGCUUGCUUAUUGAUGAUUACAGUUCAAGGGACGGUAGAAAAAGAUUGAUGACGGUGGAGGCGUACGAACCAGCAGAGGACUUGCAGCGAUAUUUUGGAAAUACAACUCAUAGGAUAGCCCACUUUCCACUAUACUUUGAAUUUGUUAAUGUGAAUUAUUUGAGCGACUCGAACUUUUUAGAUAAAGCCAUUCACGCCUUUAUCGAUAAGAUGCCACCACACGGCAUUCCAAGUUGGGUGGCGAGCAACCACGACAAUUCUCGACUGGCGAGCAGGGUGGAUCCGGAGUUCGCGGAGGCCAUGCUCAUGGUUCAGCUGCUGCUGCCUGGGGUGGCUGGAAUCUACUACGGCGAGGAGAUCCGCAUGAAAGACAUCUACAUUCGUCCGGAUCAGAAGAAAGAUUUCGUUUUCACGUUUCACCCCACUCAAGCGCACUUCACGCGCGACGUGUGCAGGGGACCCAUGCAGUGGGAUGAUUCAUUGAAUGCAGGCUUUUCUACGAGUAAAACGCCAUGGUUGCCUGUGAAUCCAGACUAUUGGAGAAACAACGUAAAGAAACAGCUCUCUAAGCCUCGCAGCACAUUGAACAUGGUCAAACGACUUUUGAAAUUGAAAAAGUCACCUACUAUCGAAUCUGGCGAUUUGAAAACUUGCAAAGUUUCUCAGUGGGUGUAUAUGUUUACAAGGGAGCUUAAGGAUGAACCACCAGUUGUAGUAAUCCUAAAUCUUGGAACUGAGAUGGAACCCAUGUGCCUGAACGAGUGCAAACACUUUUUGCAGGGAAUUAUGAAGGUCCACACAGCCAGUGCAAAUUCUGGUUACAAAUCUGGGGACGCAGUUACGAUUCUCCACGAUGACUCGUCACAAUGCUCUACCCUCCGUCCGAAAGCGGGGUUGGUUUUGACCUCCUCAGAUGCCAUUUCGGCUAGCCGAGGGACACGUGUAUCACUUCCACUGCUAAUUUCGUUAAUGCUGAUACUGUUCAUUGUCCCCCUCGGACAUCACGUUGAAAAACCGUCGUGUUGA